AUGAGUGGACGAACGAACGCUGGCAGGUACCGGACAGCAAAUAGUGUCGCGAAAUGGUCAACAGUGGACAUAACAUGUGCAGUUUUAUUACUAAUGAUUAGUUUUACCUGUACAGAAACGGCGGACUGUCGGUCUUGUAACUCCGAUAACAUUAUUGAAGUACAAAAGAAAUGCCUUGACAUUAUCGUCAAGCUUGAGGAGGCUAUCGACGUAUUCGACAAUGUGACAGGAGUUUGCAAGUCGUUGAUACAGAUGUAUUACUGUGUUGGGGAACUAGUGCCCCAAUGUAUUAUCAAUUUCACUGCCUCCUACAGGGCUUUCUAUCAGUCACCACAUGACUGUCACAUCACCUCGAAGGAAAUGGCUAAACUUCAACAGUACAGACUCAACGCCAAUUGUAAUGUAUCUGGUGUCUUGUCAUCUCUUCCGUCACACACAACAGCUGAUAUGACGUCGCAAGGUGUGGAAUUGUCUACGUCUUCCACUUCUAGCAGAAAAGAUACAAAUUCUGCACCUCGAACACAGACAGGUGGAAGCGCUCUGGCGUUGGCACUGAUUGUAAUAGCGACUAUUCGGACACUCUUCGUCUCUGCGUUGACAUGAUGUGUAGUGGAUCACAGAUUUCCAGUACUGUUUUACGAA